AUGGACGACGCGGAGACGGAGAAGCUGUUUGCGCAAUGUGAUCGAGGUCGGAAGGGUUAUUUGACGGAGGGCGACUUGAGAGCUGUCUGUCCACAGCUUGACCCACAGGAUAUCGCCUUCAUUUUCGCCUCUUUGGACACGGAUGGAAGUGGGAGAAUCGAGAAGGAGGAAUUUGUGGCGGGUUUCUUUGAGACGCUAGCCAAGGCCGAGCAGCACGGCUGUAACGGAGUUAUGGCCCGGGCCUCAGCCACGGAAAUAGUCUACGAGUCCGACGUGCCGAACAGCUUGGUGGCUGAAGCCGUGCCACAUCGCAGAAGUCCCUAUUUGGAGGAUUCAUACUGUUCCGAGAGCGAUUCACAGCGUAUCGACUUCAAUAUGCCUUGCCAAGACGAGGUCAUAGCUCUGUAUUCCCAGCUUCAAAAUGCCGGAAUGCCGGCCCUUCUCGGGAAAUUCGAGCGGGUCGUCGGCAAAUUUUGUCGUGAGAUCAACACGCAUAAGGAGGAGAAUGAGAGGCUUCAGCACAUCUACCACAGCGAGAAGGAAAUGUAUAACAGACGGAUGGAAGACAUCGAAUCGGAGAUUGACGAGCAGCUAUCUAUUGCUGAGCAAAAGGCGCGGCAGGAGGAACGGGAACGGCUGGAGAAGGAAAAGACGGCAAUGCGCGAAAAGAUGGAAAUGGAAAUGCGCGAGAUGCGCGACAAUAUUGAACGGCUGCAGCGGGUUGAAGCUAUGCUGGAGCGUGAGAGCCAGCGCAAGGGGGCUGCCAUAGAAUUGCGCACCCAAUUGCAUGAGUUGUCGACGGAAAAUGUGGACCUGCGGCGAAAUCUGGCUGAAAAUCACCUUGAACUGGCCGCACAAACCCGCGCCGACUAUGACACAAAACGGAUGCAACUCGCCUCGGAGAUGGAGCGGGAGCGAGCCUCACACUCUGACUCGGAACAAGUGCAUAAGCAGCUGCAGCUUUUAUUUGACGCCAAUCGUAAGCUUGCCGAGACGAAUGAGAGCCUUCGCCAUGCGCUCGAUCGCAGGAAGAGCAUCGCGCAUGAAUUUCAUUUGCGUUCCCCAUCGCCAGCUGUUACGCCAGGAAGCCGUCGACCAAUGGAUCGAUCAGGGGCUCAACUCUUCAGCCCUGCUACGUUCUCGCGAGCUUCCGACGAAGAAGAUAGUGGCCUCGCGGUGGGUUACGAAAGUAGUGAUGUUGAUGACAGGCCGAUUCUGAUGCAGGAUGUGCCAUCAGGGGCGACAGCCGAGCGGACGUUCCGUGUCGUGAUGUGUGGGGAUGCGGCGGUGGGCAAAAGCUCGCUGGUCAACCGGAUUGUCAACGGUCAAUUCAACAACAAUCUCCCGUCGACACUUGGCGUCGAUUUCCACGUGAAGACGGUUUGUACGGAGGGGAAGAUUGUCGCUCUGCAGCUGUGGGACACGGCUGGCCAGGAGCGAUUCAGAUCGUUGUGUAAGUCGUACUUUCGGCGGGCAGAUGGUGCGAUUCUUGUAUACGAUGUCUCCAGCGAACAGUCGUUUCUUCGGGUGCGCCAUUGGAUGGAAACGAUACAGGAAGCUGUCGAGCGCCCGAUUCCAAUUGUGAUGCUGGCCAACAAAUGUGAUCUGCGCCAGGCGGGCCGUGGUGAAAUCUCGGCCACCCAGGGAUCAUCACUAGCAUCGAAAAUGGGAGUGCUUUUCGCGGAAACGAGUGCCCUCGACGGGUCCAAUGUGGAAGCAGUGGUGCACACGUUGACCAAGGAAAUGCUGGCCGUUGAGGAUGUUGAGGUGAAGGCCAGCGGCGUCGUGCUGACGAAGGGGCCGCAGAAGAAGAACAAGUGCUGUGGA